CAUUCGCGUGACAAAUGAAAUUUUCAAUAUGGCCGCCGGAGUUAGACAUCGGUAAUAACUUGAGUAAAUAAAUUAGCAUUUCAGUUAAUUCAAGGCUAAAAUGCCUUCUUCAACUGGACGUAAUACACGAUUGAGUUCUAGGCUAAAACGGAGAAAAUCAUCUUUGAAGAAAGGGGCACGAAAUGCACUGAAUUCAGGAAACUCUGACUCAAAUGAUGAAGCCGCUUCAACAUCUGGAGAGACAGGAACCCGUGUACAGCAAUAUAACUUACGUAGAAGGCCUGGAGAUUCCAGUAAUACAGUUGUUCCAGCCAAAAGAAAGAAAAAGACAAGACAAAGUACACCAAUCAUUAAAGGUGAGGCAGUAGGUGGGAAAUACUUACAGCAGGAUCUUCCAGAUGAAGUGCUUCUCAAGAUAUUCAGUUACCUGCUAGAGUUUGACUUGUGCAGAGCCUCACAAGUCUGUAAACGCUUUAGAUCCAUUGGAAACGAUGCUGAGCUAUGGAAAAAAUUGUACCAGGAGCUGUUUGAAUAUGACAUACCCCUUUUUCAUCCGGAACCAAAAGUAUUUACAUUUAUAGAAAAGGAAAUUAAAGAAUAUGAAAAUCAGUGGAAGGAGAGCUUUAGGCAGCUGUACCAAGGUGUUCAUGUGCGACCUGGAUUCUAUGAUUUAUAUUCAUACAGAGGGAAAAGAUUAAGAAGUAGAGAUCUUGUUUGUUUUGACACGAUAGAACAGGCAUACACAUUUGUUGAUACAGAGGAUAUUGAUGAUGCCAUUAUUUUUGUCCACUCUGGAAUCUAUGUCGGGGAAUUUCUACUUAUUGACCUCAACGUCUCAAUUCUUGGCGCUGCACCAGGAAAUGUUAUGGAUCAUGUAAUCAUUGAGAGAGAAAGUGAGUCAACAAUUGUGUUUGUUGAGGGAGCUAGGGAUGCUUACUUAGGAUAUGUUACAUUAAAGUUUACACCAGAUAUAGCCUCAUCUGUGCCACAUCAUAAACAUUAUGCUCUUGAAGUAACAGAGAAUUGUUCUCCUACCAUAGAUCACUGUAGAAUCAAGAGUACUUCAGUUGGUGCUGCUGUAUGUGUGUCUGGGUCUGGUGCUGACCCCUUUAUACGACAUUGCCUCAUCAAAGAUUGUGAAAAUGUUGGUCUCUAUGUUACUGAUUAUGCACAGGGAACAUAUGAGGAUAAUGAGAUCAGUGGUAAUGCACUAGCUGGUAUCUGGGUAAAGAAUUAUGCUAACCCUAUAAUGAGGAGAAAUCAUAUCCAUCAUGGCAGAGAUGUUGGCAUAUUUACCUUCGAUUAUGGUCAGGGUUACUUUGAGAGCUGUGAUAUACACAAUAAUCGUAUUGCUGGUUUUGAGGUGAAGGCAGGAGCCAAUCCUACUGUGAUUCACUGUGAAAUUCAUCAUGGUCAGACUGGAGGAAUAUAUGUGCAUGAAAAUGGACGAGGACAAUUUAUAGACAAUAAAAUACAUUCAAAUAACUUUGCUGGUGUUUGGAUAACUUCAAAUAGUGAUCCUACUAUAAGGAAAAAUGAGAUUUACAAUGGCCAUCAAGGUGGUGUGUAUAUAUUUGGUGAGGGAAGAGGUCUUAUAGAACACAAUAAUAUUUAUGGUAAUGCCCUGGCUGGUAUACAAAUACGAACAAACAGCAAUCCAAUAGUUAGACACAACAAAAUCCACCAUGGUCAACAUGGCGGUAUCUACGUGCAUGAGAAAGGUCAAGGUUUGAUAGAGGAGAAUGAGGUAUACUCAAAUACACUGGCAGGUGUAUGGAUCACCACAGGAAGUACACCUGUACUAAGACGCAAUAGAAUACACAGUGGCAAACAGGUUGGCGUAUAUUUUUAUGACAACGGUCAUGGUGUUUUGGAAGAUAAUGAUAUAUUCAACCACCUAUACUCUGGUGUUCAAAUUAGAACUGGAAGUAAUCCCUUGAUACGAAGGAAUAAGAUAUGGGGAGGACAAAAUGGUGGAAUAUUAGUGUAUAAUAGUGGCUUAGGAAUGAUAGAAAACAAUGAAAUAUUUGACAAUGCAAUGGCAGGGGUAUGGAUUAAAACAGACAGUAACCCUGUGUUAAGACAUAAUAAAAUUCAUGAUGGAAGAGAUGGUGGAAUUUGUAUAUUUAAUGGGGGUAAAGGAAUCUUGGAAGAAAAUGAUAUUUUCCGUAAUGCACAAGCUGGACUGUUAAUUAGUACUCAAAGUAACCCAACUUUGCGACGAAACCGAAUAUUUGACGGUCAGGCUGCAGGUGUAGAGAUUACUAACAAUGCAACAGCAAACCUUGAGGGUAACAAAGUGUUUAAUAAUAAAUUUGGAGGCUUGUGUCUUGCCAGUGGAGUAAAUCCAAUCAUGAAAGAUAAUCAAAUCUAUGGCAACCAUAACAUGGUACAGAAAGCAGUGUCGUCUGGUCAGUGCCUAUACAAAAUCUCCAGCUAUACAAGCUUUCCAAUGCAUGAUUUCUACAGAUGUAAAACAUGCAACACUACUGAAAGAAAUGCAAUCUGUGUGAACUGUAUUAAGACUUGCCAUGGAGGUCAUGAAGUGGAAUUUAUCCGACACGAUCGUUUCUUCUGUGACUGUGGAGCAGGGACUCUAAAUAAUGCGUGUAGGUUACAGGGUGAGUCUACACAAGAUACAGAUACACUGUAUGACUCAGCUGCACCCAUGGAAUCUCACACGUUACGAGUCAACUGAUAGUGAUAACUGUGUCAGUAGAGAAAUAUACAUCGUGUUGUGGUAUUAAACACUUGAUGCCCUGUACAUAAACUUGGUAUCAUUUACUGCAGUUGUCUAACUACAGCAGAUAUAACAUUUACUUUUAUGUUACAUAUUGUAACAGAGCUGAUAUCCGAGCCAGUACAAGGGGGAGAGUUGAUCAAAAUCCAGUAGUGUCAGAAUGAGAAAAUGUAUAACGUAUGCCAAAACAUUAAGAAAUGGAGGUUUUCUCAGAAUGUAAAGUUCUGACGAAAUUGAUUUGAUAUUGAGUUUUAUUCAUGUAUCUUAGUUUUGAUAGUUAAAUGCACUAUGAUAAUAUAUUCUCUUAGCAAAACACACUGCCAUUGGGUCACUGUUGCUUUGGUGACAUCAGAUACUUCAAAAAUAGAUAUAACAACAUUGGUUUCCUAUUUAUGUGUCACUCAUAGUUGACAUAUAUUGUUAUGUUAUGGUAUAAAACACUGCCUUUUCACAUUCAGUGCAACUAAAGGCUUGAUGCAUUUAUAUACAUUUAGCAGAAACACAUUUGAAAUUAAUUUAAAUGUUAAUCCAUAAAGAUUUUUACUAUAGUUUUAUUUGAAUUAAAUUCCAAGUAAGAAUUUUUUGAUAUUGAGAAAAAAAAGUAUUAAAAGAUUAUCAUAGGAUUCUAACUCUUAUAUGAAGCAAGUUUGGUUUAUGUAGAAUUUUGACUCUUUAUCAAGCAUUCACUGAAUUGGUUCUAGAUAAGAUCUUUACAUUGGUAUAAAGAUAUUUUACUGGUAUGUGAUUUUGUUUGAUGUUUACAGAUCAAACUGCUGAUACUCUUUAUACAAGGGUGAAAAAAUGUGCCACUGUAAAUUACAAAACAUGUAGAUACACCUAGUGUUACACACUGCAUGACCGCCGUGUAAAUACAGACCGUGUACAAAGUGCACACACACAUACAUAUAUUUGUAAAGAAAUUGUUGUGUAUAGAUAUAUGUACAAAUGUAUUUUAGGACUUUUUUCUCGGUGUUGGUCAAAGAAAUAUUUGUUAAAUUUGUUUCUUUUUUUUUGUAUUUUCUUACACUGUAAAGUGCUAAAUGAAAUCUCUUCUUACAAGUUUAGCAUUCAAUAUUAAAAGGUGAUAAUGCAAUACAUUGUAUAUGUUAACUUUUUGUAUUUUUUGCACAAAGUAUUAAUUAAAUGUUGUAUAAAAAAAAAGAUACUGUAAAUAUCAAUAAUAAGUUCAUAUAGCACAAAAUUAUUUUAUAGAAUUUUCUUUUCACUACUUUUUUACAACAGUGUUAUUAUAGUGAAAUGUUCUUUUUUGUUCUCGAAACUAAAAUAAUGCACAGACAACUCUUCAAAGCAAACUUGUUGAUAGAACAUAUUUUUGCAUGACAUACUUUUUUUAAUCUGUAUGAUUUUAGAAUAAUUUCACACUGGAAUAAAGAUACUCCCAUUUUUUUAGGGGGGGGGGGGGGGGGGGGGUCAGCAAAUAUUUGCUACCAAAAGACCAAUAUUUCCUUUAUUUGCACAAUAUUGCUAUUUCACUAAUAAUGAAAAUUUUCAUAAAAAGUCUGGUACUUUUAAUAUAGUUUACAUUUCUAGAAUAAACAUACAGCUAUAUGCAUUAGUUACACUGUAUCAGGAAUAUUUUUGGAUUUUUUUAUGCUCCUUGUUAUUUGAAAGGGCUAGUGUGAGAAUUAUAAUCACUGGUUUGUUUUUUCUGAAGACAAUUUAGACAAUUUUGCAUUCAUAGAACAAUAUCUUUUAUAAAUGUGUUUGGUGUAUGGACAUCUACCAAUUGAUGGGAAGUCAAUGGGAUUAAGGUCACUGAUGCUAAAUAUAAAUUUCUCUAUAUUUAGUUUUAAUUUAUACAAUGUAUUUUGUAUUAAAGCAGCAUCAAGGAGUAUUCACCAGUGUAGCUGGUAUUGUUUUUGCAAUUCGAAUGUUAAACAUGGAUAAGAAUAUGAAUAUCCUGUGCAGUAUAGCAGUUAUAGUUAAUAUGGAGGUAAGAAUUUGAGGUGCUCAAAUUUUGGAAUUACAGUGUUUGAAUUAUGUAUAUACAGAUAGGCAUAAAAUCCUGAUGUCAAUGAUUGUAUUUAUUUGUUGGUAGACAUCAUUUUUGAAACCAAAUAUCAGUUUCAUCUUGGAACACUAUAUAGAUUACAGCUAUGUUCCCAGCUGGUUCUGGCUUAAGGUGCUAUAUUCAUAAAUAACCUAGAGCAUUACACUCUCAAUUACAUUAUGCUUGUAUAAUUAUGUUUUAUCUAUAAAUUAGCCAAAUGCUAUUGUCCUAUAUUAUUAUUUUAAGGUGCUGUUGUAGUUUCCCCGUUUUCAGUUGAUAAUUUACCUUGUAACAUUUCUACAUGUUUCCAAU